AUGAUUUUACCACUCAUCCAUCGCGACGCACCCCCUUCCAUCCCAUCCUCGUCCCAACUCUCAACAUGCGGCUUCCCAGCAAACAACGACAUAUACGGCAUCGGCAUCCGAAUCGGCAUCUACGCCCAAAUAAUCGCCGUCUGGUUCGCAAACUACUUCCUACUCUCCGAAGUCCAGGUCCUGCGCGACACGGUCAGCAUCUUCAGCGUCGCGGUGUUGAUCGUCUCCCUGAUCUACGCCUCGAACCCAUCCUCCGUACACGCCGUCGAAGCCUUCAUCCUGCUGCAGAUCCUCGCGUGGUCGUGCAUAAUGGGCGUACGGGCGAAGUCUUCGUAUACGAGUGUGAAUUUCAAGAGCACGGUGGUGCGGAAGGUGAUUAAUGAGGCGAUUAAUCUCGCGAGUUUGUGUCUGCAUGUCUGGUUUUGGUGGGAGGGGUUGGAUCGGAUGGUGAAAACGCCGUGCGGGACCUUUUUGAUGUAUGUGGUUAAGACGGAUAUGUUUGGGUGGGCGAGGAAGGUUAUGAUGGGGUUGAGUGUUUUUGUGUUGACGGCUACGGUGUAUUGGGUUGGGGUGGAGGCGUUAAGACCUUGGGCAUUUGUCAGGAUGAGGGGGGUUAGGGGGAAGUUUGUGAGGGCUGUUAGGGAGUGGGAGGAGGUGCAGGGAAGGGAAGGAGCUGAUCCAUUGGGGAUUGCGGUGGUGGAUACAGAUGGGAAUGUGGAUGCCGACGCGGAUGCUGUUCGAGAGAGUCACGAAUGCUGCUCUCAGUAUUCUUGCUCUCGAUGCUCGCCUGUGCAGUCCGAGUUCAGAUUGGAUCGAGAGGCUACGCUCGUUAAUCUACCAAAGAGAGCAGCGACAGCGCCGUGCGGAGAUCUUCGACCUUCUCCUCGGAUAUCUGAACGCGCGACGCCGCACUCAACCCCGGGAUUGGCAUGGAAGUCACCUCGGCCUCUAUCAUUCAGCAACCCUGCCGACCAGCUCUCUCAUCCGGACUUCGCUAUCCUCCGCCAAGUCUACGAGGGCGAAUGCUAUAUCCAACACUGCGUUUCCGCGACUCCUUUCAACAAUGCCGGAGCCGGAAAACCCCUUACCCCACUCACAAUCAUCCGAUCAAUUCUUUCGCCCAGGAAACAUCAAUCCGCCGACGAGAAAGACAACCCAAGGCCACCUCCAUCAUGGCUGAAAUGCCACCUGCACAUCUGGAAAACCUUCCUCACCUUCCGCUUCCCGCCGCAAUCCUUCGUCAUCUACUCGGAUCUUCGACAGUCGCGACUCCUCGACCCACUCAAUGGACCUUUCCAAAUGUACGCCUCACUAACCUACGCCUCCUCACUCCCUCCCUGGCCCUGCAUAUCCCUUGCCUCGACACUCCUCCUCACGGCACCCUCGACUCCAAAGAAAGUCCGGCUAGCAUGGUACUACGCGCUCGUCGAUCUGUGUGUGCAUAUCCUGGUUAUCUUGCAGCUGGAACUCACGCUGGUUUGGAAUAGGGUGAAUGGGCUGAUGGGGCUAUGGACGAGUGUGGGCCAGUUGAUUCCUUUUAUCAUUGGAGUUGGUGGGCUAUGUUUGGUUGGGGGAAGGUGGAUAGCUAGGUGGUGGGAAAAGAGGAAGAGGAGAGAGAGCGGUAAGGGGUUAGUGGGAAAGGAAGGAGUAGGUGACGAGGAGAGAGAGGGGGCGGUCCUUGGGAUUGAAAAGGAGGUUAGAGAGGGUUAUGCGAGGUGGAAGGAGACUUAUGAGACUGGACUGAAGAGAAGGGGCUGCGGCGAGGUUUGAAUGAU